UGCAAGCGCGACUGCUGCGCGGGUAAUACGAUUUGAAAAGAGGUCUACACGAUUCGACACACCGUCGAGCGUUCUCAGAAAUUUCGAUAAAUCUUCCCUUCAUUUUUGUACCGUACCCGGUAAUUGUAACAAAUACGAAUAAGUCAAUUCUGUAUGGAAAGAAUUUCUUCAUGCAUUCCAGAAGGAUAAGUUAUGAAAAAAAAAAUUGUUUAUUUUAUGCACGUUUAACGGGGUGAACUUACUUAACGAGAGCUUUUUGCAUUCUGAAUAUUCCACGUAUAAUCACAGAUAAUUUUGGCGAAAAAUACGUAGCGUGAAAUGUGUCCGAUAAGCCCGGAAAUCGCUUAUCUUUUUGAUUGCCGAUAUACGGAUAAAGAAAUUUUUAUCCAUUACAACGAUAGAGAGUAUCUCAGUUACCGAUUCCACUUGCUGCUAUAUAAUAUUAGCCACUUGGCAGAUCGUUUGAUUUGUAUUCAAUGCAGAAUAAUUUUGCACGAACUUCUCUGGAACAUUUUAAUCCCGUCGAGCGUAGGAGUAAUUGUGUGUUCUGUUAUAAAAAGUGAGUUCGAUAAGACCAACAGCGGAAUAUACGAGUGUAUUGCUGUCAAGCGUGUUUCUGUUACCGCGAGGAAGCAAGAUAAGAGAGUUGAAAAGCAAUACCUGCAAAAUUAUCGAAUUUGUGCGGUUAAUACAAACAGUUGACCUAGGAAAAAAAACGUUUUUCGUAUCGCGUUUGAUACUGGAUUGAAAUGGGUUCUGCGAGUUCAACGUACACGGAUCAAAGAAUUAUAAAAAUUAGCGCUAACAAUGAACCGUCAGAAACCGUUUACCCGAAGAAUCGAAUUGUGUCGAAUAAGUACACAAUUUGGAACUUCCUGCCGAAGAAUCUGUUCGAGCAGUUCAGGCGGAUCGCAAACUUUUAUUUCCUCCUGUCGGCGUUUACAUCAACGUUGUCGAGAACAUCUGCAAUAUCACCAGUCACCAGCAUUUUGCCACUUGCCUUCGUCGUUUUCGUGACCGCUUGUAAACAGGCAUACGAAGAUUAUCAGCGUUACAUCGGUGACAAGCGCAUAAAUCGAAGACGCGUGAACGUCAUGCGCAGAAAAUGUAUACAGUCAAUUCACUGCGAAGAGAUAGUGGUCGGUGAUCUGGUGAAGGUGUCACGGGACGAAGACAUACCUUGUGAUCUUUUACUUCUGCAUGCGUUGGAAGAAGAUGAGCGUUGUUACGUUACCACCGCCAAUCUUGACGGAGAGAAUAACUUGAAGAUGUUGAUAGUUCCGAAGGUGCUCUCGAAAAUGACCGUGACGGAAAUCGCAUCGAUGGAGGCCACUGUCACCUGUCAGCAUCCUUCGUCCGAUCUGUACAGUUUCCACGGGAAGCUGGAAAUCAAUGAUAACGACAGCGAACGCUGUGGCCCUCUAACUAGCGAGAACCUAUUGCUUCGUGGUUCCACAUUGAAAGAUACGGACCACAUAAUCGGGUGCGCGGUAUACACCGGGCAAGACACGAAGUUGUCCUUGAACUCGAAAAUCAGGAGUAACAAGUUCUCCACUGCCGAGAGAUCGAUUAACAAGUAUAUCAUCGUAUUCAUAAUACUACUGCUGGUUGAAGUAAUAGAGUCUUGCUCGAUGAAAACUCUGAUCGACGCGACACAACAUUGGAAAUCGUACCUCGGUGACCACGAAGCGCUGGCUUUUGGGUCGUUGGUCGAUAACUUUUUCGCCUUCCUAGUCUUGUACAGUUACAUCGUCCCCAUAUCGUUGUACGUCACAAUAGAAUUACAAAAAUUCCUCGGUUCGUUUUUCUUCAGCUGGGACAUCGACCUCUACGACGAGAAAACGGAUCAACCGGCAAUAACUAACUCAUCGGACUUAAACGAGGAGCUAGGUCAGAUCGAGUUCCUAUUCACGGACAAGACUGGCACACUGACCGAAAACCUAAUGGUGUUCAGGCGUUGCUCCAUCGCCGGGAAACUGUACAUGGAAAAGGACUGCGAUGGCCAUUUGUACUCCUUACCUCCCAGUGGAGACGUUGAGGAAGCUGAGAGGCUGUUCGACUGGGAGCCGGAGGUAUGGCGCUUCAUGAUAAGUAUUUCUCUGUGCCAUACGGUACAAGUCUCCCCACCGAGCGUAAGAUCAACUGUUAUCGCGAGACGCGUCGAGUAUCGGGAAAGCUUCAGACUGAAGAAGAUAACUCGAGUAAACAGUUCGCUAAUGAUGCAUCCGGAUUUACCAGAAUACCAGGCAGCAUCAGCCGACGAGAAGGCGUUAGUGGAGGCUGCCGCCAGAUGUGGAGUCGUUUUUCAAAACAGCACCAACGAUGUGAUGGAACUAAGAGUCAAGAACAGCGAGAUGAUCUUCCAGAAGAUGGAGAUUUUGGAAUUCACUUCCGAGCGUAAAAGGAUGUCGAUAAUAGUGAAAGACAACAAUGACGAUUACUGGCUACACUGUAAGGGAGCGGAUUCGGCUGUUUUGCCGAUGAUAGUGUCAGGAAAGGUCAAUGAAACGAUCGCUCACGUGGCUGACUUUUCUAGGAGAGGUUUGCGGACGUUGGUGGUCGCGUACAAGAAAAUGAACCAGAAAGAAUACACGAGGCUGAUUGGCAAAGUACAAAGGGCCAGACAAGUGAUCGGUAUAGAGCGAGCGAUGCGCACAGAGAAAGCCUACAAUCAAAUGGAGGGCGGUCUCACUUUGCUAGGUGUGACCGCUGUGGAGGAUCGUCUUCAAGACGAGGUGCCGGAGACGCUCGAGUGUUUGCGGGUCGCGGGCAUCAAAAUAUGGGUGCUGACUGGAGACAAAGCGGAAACCGCGGAAAACAUAGCCUUCCUGUGCGGCCAAUUUAAAGAGGGUACGGAGAUAUUGAGAAUGGUGGACUUGGAAACGCCGCAAAUAUGCAUCGACCGUAUUGCGUACUUCGAACGGCGAAUGAUCCUCGAGCCUCACAAGCAAUACGGUCUAUUGGUUGACGGAUGCAGUAUAUCGAUAGCGUUGCAUAGCUGCCCAAAUGAAUUCCGAUCAAUCGGAAUGACCUGCGAGGCGGUGGUUUGUUGCAGAUUGACUCCUUUGCAAAAAAGCGAGAUAGUGAGUUUAAUUAAAAAAGCAAGCACAAGGCCGCAAACCGCUGCCAUCGGUGACGGGGGCAACGACAUUGCUAUGAUACAGGAAGCACACGUCGGGAUCGGGAUAAUGGGCAAAGAGGGUCGCCAAGCGACCAUGAGCUCCGAUUUCGCAAUAGCAAAGUUUCGAUUUUUGAAGAAAACGCUGCUGGUUCACGGCCAGUGGUACUACAUGCGGAUCAGCACUCUGACACUGUAUUUCUUUUACAAGAAUAUAUUAUUUAUCACGCCGCAGCUGCUGUUCGGUAUCCACAGCGGUUUCUCUCUACAGGCACUUUACGAUGGCAUGUUUUUAAUGCUUUUCAAUGUAUUAUUCACGUCCAUUCCGAUAUUAGUGUACGGAGUAAUGGAACAGAAUUACUCCGCCGAUAAGCUACUACGGUUUCCGUAUCUAUACAAAAUGUACAGAAAGAAUUAUUUGUUGAGCAGUAAACAGGCGUUUAUAUGGAGCAUUCUAGGUGUUUGGCAUGCUAUUGCUAUAUAUUUUAUGACGCAAGUUUUCAUUAGUAUUAAUCCCGUCAGUUUAUUCAAUAAUACGCCAGUGGAACAGUGGACAUUCGGCACAUUCGUUCUUCACGUGGUCACGUUACUGGCCAAUGUAAAGGUAUUGGUUUACAGUUCGUACUGGACGAUACCGUUGGUUUUGUCAGUGAUACUUUCCGAGUUAGCGUUCAUCUUGUUUACAGUUUACUACUCUUUCGUACGCCAACGGUACGACGGCGACAUGUUGUCCGUCUUCCCGAAAAUAUUAUCAUCGGUAUCGUUGUGGCUGCUGGCUAUAGUGAUCGUGAUUAUCUGCCUAAUACCUGACUACAUAAUAUUGACGUAUAGCAGGUACAUGCCUGCCCGCAUAACGAGGAGAAACGAAGAACAUCCGCGAAACGUAGUCAGUCAUGCAAGCGACAACGGAGAGACACAGUCGUCGGAAACAAGGUCCCAAGGAUUGUUCCGCUUAAAACCGUGGAAGAGCCAAUUCACACCAGCCAAGAUUGUAUAAUUAUGACGGCAAACGACUAUCGAAUUAGUGAUUUAUAGAUAACCUCCAGCAAAACAAGAAUCGCCCGUGUAAAUUGUAGAGCUAUUUAUUUUAAUGAUACUCGAUGCUCCAGGCGAGAUAUUUAUUAGAUAGGUGAAACACAAAAUUCAGUUAACACAAAUUACCACGAAAACAGCGAUGCACGAAAAUAGUAUUGGCGGUACUUUUUGCGGGGUGCAUGAUACUUUUUAUCAGAUAUCAAACAACAACUACACACAUCACAGUUUGAGGUUUGACAAAGCUGAAGCUGCAGUGAUCGAUCGCAGCUGUUGCUGUUACGUGCACUCAUAGCUCCAGCAUCCUGACCGUUCGCGAAAUUUCCACUCUCAAGACCAGUGUGUCUGUUGGUGUCUAGUGUGUCCAAGUGGCGGAGAGGAGACCUCGCAAAUGGAAUUGGAAGAUUCCAAUCGAUUGCCAAUGGAAAUCCAUUGGCAUCGUCCAAUGUCAUUUGUGAUGGGUAAUUCUCCCACUCUUACUUUCCUAAAAGAAUGUCGUAAAGUGGUUAGAAUGCUGUGAGGUCUGCGCGCACUUGACCGCCUUGCACGAGCACAAAGUGUGCAUAGUAUGUACAUGCAAACCGAUUCGUUAUACUCGCAUAUUGCCUGCAUGUAAAGUACGUAAUUUUCUGUUAUUUUGCCGAUUUUGUUCGAUGAUCUACAUCAAUCGGAUUUACCGGUAUAGGAACUCCAAACACGGGAAAAUAAAAUAGCAGAUAAAAAUUUUGAGAAACAGGUUAUGUCAAGGUUAUUAGUAGUUACUUGAGUUUGCGGGACCGGGAAAAGUAGAUUUUUGAAAUAGUAAAUAGAGUGUACAUAUUUUUAUAUCUUGUCAUGUAGUACAGAAUUCGGCAGAUCAACUUUUUUUGAAACAGUAGUUGCAUACCGAAAAUAGCAUUUCAAAAAUAUAUUUAACUAAGUAUUAUCCAUAUAUGUAACUACUAUUUCAAACAAA